UUUUAUAUACAAAAGGUUUUAUUUUCGAACCCGGGGUCAAAAUUUCAUUUUACAAAAUUAAGACAAUCAAAAUUUUAAUUUUUUAAAUUGAGGUUCGUGGGGGCUGAAUCUCGGGUUUUAACCAUGUGCUCACGGUUUUCUGGCUGCCUGCUAACCCGUUUGUCCGGACCCCAGACACGGGGAACCAUGGGCAUGGUGUUUAAGUGGCAGCUGCGUAACUACUGCGAUCCACCUCUCAUGGAUUGCGAGGCUUACAAGGCUUUUAAGGAGCAAAAAGCCCUUGCAAUGAAAAAGAAGAAGACGGCGGACAAGAAGGCGGCGGCCAAGAAGGACGCGGACCGCCUUAAAAGCCAGUUGAAAAAGUGCAUCGAGCUCAAGACGAAGGCGCUGAAGGCGAAAGUGGAUGGCAUGACAGAGGAAGAGCAGAAGGCCAUGGGGGAGAUGAUGGACUGCGUGAUGGCGGGUGUCAAGAGAGUCUGCCUGAAGUCAGUUAUGCAGAAAUACUGCAAGGAGCAGGAGCUGAAGCUCCGCUACGAGCGACUGAUAAGGGAGAAGAAGAUCAAGGAGCUGAUGAAGCAGUGUUCUGCCACCCAAGAGCAGGGCUCUGCGAAAGACGGCAAGGAUUCCAAGGAGAAGCAGCCCGUUAAGGCGGAGGAGAAGAAAGAAAUAAACAAAAAGUCAGAAACGCUUGAGAAAUGUAUAGAAGAAACCACCAAACUCUUAAAAGACGAGUUGGAGAAGGAAAAUCAAAAACAGAAGGAAAAAUCGGGCGCCAAAAAUCAAGGGAACGAAAAGGACAAAUCUAACGAUAAGCCCAAGGGAAAAGAUCAUAAACCCACAAAGAAUGCCAAAGAUGACGUAAAAAAUAAGCUCAUUGUAAAAGCUAGCAAAAAAUCAUCCAAAAAGAAAGACCAUUCCAAAGCAAAAGUUAUGAAAGAGAAGAGUCCCAAAUUAGAUAGUUGUAAGGAAGAGGACAAGAAAGCGGAUAGUUGUAAGGAAGAGGACAAGAAAGCAACCAAAAAGAAAGACAGUUCCAAAGUUAAAGUUCAGGAACAGAAGGAUCCCGUAAUAGAUAACUGUAAGGAAGAGCGUCCUCAAAAGAUCGAAUCUGCAAGUAAUGAUUUUAAACAAGAAGAGAAGGAAAAAAUAAAGGACAAGAAGACAGAAAAGAAGACGGAAAAACCUAAAGAGCAGGAGUGUACAAAAGAUUCAAAAAUGGAAACGGAAUGUCCAAAAGAUUCCAAAGAUUCCGAGGUUAAAGACAAAGAAUCUAAAAAAGGAGAGGACAAAACCAAGAAAGCAACAAAUGACAAAAGAAAGGAAGAGAAACCAGAACAAUAUGAAAGUCAGAAAAGCAAAGGUGAAACCAAAGUUUCCGAGCCUGAACAUAAACACUCCAAAAAAGAAGAUCCGAAAGCUAAUAGUGAAGAACCACAAGAGCCUAUAAAUAAGCAAUCCAAAAAAGAAGAUACGAAAGCUAAUAGUGAAGAACCACAAGAGCCUAAAAAUAAGCAAUCCAAAAAUGCAGAUACGAAAGCUAAGAGUGAGAAAGGGGAGAAGAAAGAAGAACCUCAAGAGCAGGAGGUAUGUCCAGAGGAGCCCAAAAAGAAAACUGAAUGUCUUAAGAAAGAAAAGCAACCCGGCACUAAAUCUCCGUUUGAGCAAAAGAUGGAAGAAUGUAUGAAGGAAGAAUUGGAAGAUGUGCGCCAGGCCCAGAAGCACUUAAGCCCCGAGGACAAGAAAAAUGUGGCGGCCUCAGAAGACUGUCUUAAGGCGCAAGUCAAGAAGAGGUGCCGCAUGAUCGUUAUCAAGCAAAUGUGCGCAGAAUCCUGGGGAGAGCCAAAGAAAGCGAGUAAGUGUGAGGAACAAAAAGAAGGAGAAGAAGAGUGCACGAAAUCAAAGGACUCUGUGAACGACAAGACCCAAAAGUGCGUGCAGAAAAAAUGGAAGGACAUUUGCCCAUUUAUUCAAGAUCUUACUGAAAAAAACGACGUCGAUUUCAACAAAGCUUCUGAGGAAGUAAAGGAAAUGAUGGUGAAAUCUUGCCAAGAGGAAGAAAAAAGUAAGGAGUCCGAAAUUAAGGAACUGGAAGCGGAUAUCGAGAAAUGUGCCUUCCUAAAAAAAUGUGCAGAUGCAAGGCUUAAAAGAAAAUGCGAUGAAAUAGAGAAGAAGAAAAAGUGCAAAGAGGAAGCUCAAAAGAAAGAAUGUGAGAAGCAAGCGCUAAAUAAAUUAUGCAAAGAACUAGACAAAACAAAGGACCAUAUAAAGGAAAAGGAUGUUAAGCUAAAGUGCGACUGCAAGGACUCAAAAAAAGAGUGUGAUGACGAAGUUAAGAGGAAGUGCACUGAAAAAGCUCAAAAGAAAUUAUGCGAGGUGAGGAGAAAACGGGCAGAGCAAAUGCAAAGUGAAGAGGAUGGUCAAGAUAACGAAUGCAAAGAGUUGGCACUAAAGAAAAAAUGCGAAGAGGAAAAGGUGAAGAGAAAGUGCGAAGAUAUGGAGAUAAAGAAGAAAUGUGAGGAAGAGCUUACAGAGAAAAAGUGCGAAGAAGAGGCUAAAAAGAAAAAAUGCGAUUGUCUUAUCAAGGAAAUCGAAAGGCUGAAGAAUGAAGAGCAACAACUGAUGCUCGCUUUAAAAGAGCUGGAGAAAAAAGAGGAAGACAGGAAGAAACAAGAGGAGGAAGAGCAAACGAAAAAAUGUGAAGAGGAUAAAGUCCUGGAGGAAUGUGAACAAUUUGAUCAAAAGGAAAAAGAUAAAAGCCAAAAAGAAAAGGAAAAGAAGACAACCACGCCUAAGAGUGAUUCAAAAAAAUAAAAUCUAAGAAUCUUCGUUAAGAAUA